AGACAGUCUGUAGUCCGGACUUGAGAGCGGACCUCAGUCACAGCCUGUCCCGGUCUCACUGAUAGUUUGUACCGCUGAAAGGAGACGGUCCCUGCAGGAGGACAGACUGAAUGAGGACAGAAGAAAGGAGGAGGACAGAGUCUCAGGAGUGAACGGAGGAGGAGGAGAUGGUUCGGUCAUGGACCGGAGGAUCUGGUCCGGGUUCUGUCUGGUGCGUGUGGUCCUGCUGUGUGUCACUGCAGAGGUAAGUGGACUGAGUGUCUCAGGACUAAAUAAAGGUGUUAACGGUCUGAGCUGGUCUGGUCCGGACUCUGUCACGCUCUCAAGUCACACAGGACCGGACUGAGAUCUGCAGCGAGCCGGAGAGGGAUUUCUUUUUCUUCAGCUUGACUUAUUGAAAAUAAGAUGAAAUGAUUAACCAGCCUAAUAAAGGAAAACAGACCUGACACCAUACGGUCUAUUCUGUCUGCGAUUUAAAACACAAAAAGUUGUACAAGUAAAAGUAGUUAUUAUGACGAUAUAACAACUCAUAUAUUAAUCUAUCGAGUACAAGUUAAAAAAAAAUUUGACUUGAAAUGUAUUUAAAGCAUCAAGUAAACCUUUUUACUCUCAAGCUAUUGUAGCAAGAGUGGAGAGAGUGUAAGAUUUCCCCUAAACAGAAAAAAGCAUAUUUUUCCUGGCAGUUUCAAGAUGAAUGAAGUGGUUUUGACCCUGAACUUAUCCAGGGUGAAGUUAUUGACUACGACUACAGUAUUUUUGCCAGGAUUACACAUUGUAGACAGUCCCUGUACUCAUGGUUGCCUGUUUAAAGAGAUUUGUUAUUAUGAACCAAAGAUAAGGACUUAAAGCUCCUAUAAGGAGUUUUUCCUUACUUUCCUUUUGUAAUUCUAAUGCCUGAAAUUGGUGCAAGGGGGUAGACUGAAACAACCUUUUUUUUAUAAUUUCCACAUGAAAUAUUCCCAAUUAACAAUAUAUUUGACUGUAAGAAGUCAGCUGUUACUACUUAGGCAUGUGCAGGAAAAGAUAAAGACUGCUUUGUCCACAGGGGGCGCCAGCUUCCUCACAGGAGCUUCUUUACUGGUUUUAUUCAGUAAAACUGACCUCAUAUACAGCAAGCAAGCGUUUUCUGAUAUGUUUCUCUACUUAAGAUAUGAUACUAAUUCCACUGAGUUUUAACUUAAACUAUCUUGAAAUUAGGUUUAUAUUUGGACUUGUGCUCAAUCUUAUUCACAAUAACGAGGAUGGAUAGAUUAGUUUUUAUCUUCAGUAACUUAAGUUGUGUAAAGCAUCAAAGUGAAUAUUUCCACAGUUAAAGCACUGAUUAUAACAACCAAAGAAGCAGGGUAUUAUCAGCACAACGCUGGUAUUAGCAGAUAAUAGCUUAAAAGGUUACAGGUAUGACAGUUUCAGCAAACUGCUGAUAUCAUGACACAUUGAAUAUGCCCACACAAUGACAGCCUAUGCAUGCCAACACGCUUUAACAUGGGAGGAAUGUAUAGAGUUAUUUUAAGUAUCAAGAACAGAUAACAAAAUUGCCAUUUGCAAUGCUUAAGAGGCACAGUUGAUGCAAGGAGGAGCAAAACAAAGCUCCUUAAACAUUACCAGUUUUAUCAUGCAUCUGUAAAAAAAAAAAACACAUCAUCCUGAACAGCACCAAAAGCUGCUAGAAAGCCCCCGAUUAAUGAGAUAAGCUGUAAUCAGUAACUGAGCAGAAAACGGAGACCCUUUAAUCUCCAUGCAAACAUUUUAACGUCAAGAAAAAAAGAGGGCAGUGAUGCUGAGAAAUGUGUUCAUAUCAGUCUGCUAAGCUUCAUAAAACAUAAGUAGCUUGUGUAGCUUCCAGGAUGAUGCAUUUGAACACAAAGUGCAUAAAAAAGUGGACUGGCAGGCUGUGUUACCUGGAGCAAAUUUGUGAAGGACUAAAAAAUAAGAACUUCUUAACAAUAAAUUAAAUAGGGGUAAAGAGCUUAAAUACCUUAGCUGAACAUUAUGCAACAGAUUAAAAUGUUCGAGCCCAAAUAUCUGAUCUGAACAUUUCAUAAUAUAUUACAGUUAUUAAUCACGUCUGUGUUACACUCAGAUCAUCUCCUCUGGAGUUUGGUUUCUAAAAAGAAGACAAAGAUCAGUAAGACAGAGUGGCACAAACAGACUGAAAUAUGAACAUGACACAGAAUACACACCUCACUGCAGUGAUAUAAAUACAGCUCAGUGUGAAGGCCUACAGUCUGUUUGUUUGGUGUGUAAAAGAAGCAUGAUUGAGAGAACAGACUGAGUGCUGCUCUGAUCCCACAGAGUCUCUGAACUUUAAACCUCAGACACGGCUCGUUUCGAGUUAAAUCUAAUGUUCAGGAAACAGUCUCUCCAUUCAUUCUGUGUCUGUGUGCAUCGUAUUAUCAGCAGGUCAAAGUCUGCACGUGAUUUUAUUUAUGUCCCAUUACUCUAGAUAACAGAGUGAAACAGUGUGUCAGCUGCAGCAGGUGUUUCAGAGGCUCCUUACCUCAUCUAUGGACUUAAAAGACAGAAAUAAAUGACAAUAGAUACGAUUCACAAAAGAAACCACAUUUGAGAGUUGAUCAGUGAAAACAUCUAUCCAACGCUCUCCUCAGUCACUCAUAGUUCUUAUUGAAAGUGCCUCUAAGAUUGGACCACACCUACAUUUAUCCGGUACCCCUUCAUUAAUGUGGGGCUCAGUGCAGAAGGAAGCAGUCUGACCCAGUCUGGUGAUCUGGAAGGAUCCGGUCUUAGCUCUGAUAGAUAAAAUAGGCCAUGUCUCAGAAUGACGUCUCAUUUGAAAGCUUGACAUCCCCCAUCCCGGCUGAGUGUCCCCCUCUUUUUUUGAUGGUGUUAAUGGUGUUAGCCUAUAGCAGAGGAGACAACACUUGGCGGUAUUUGGCACACACGCCAGGAGUAUGUUAGCUCAUAUCUAUGAAUACUUCCUUUAAAUGAACACACCACAGCUGAAUCAAAAUCAAUCUUCAGUAAUUGGAUGAACUCAAAGUUUGUGACAUCAAGACUAAUUUUAAAGUGUCAUUUUUUUUGUUUCAUGUUUGAUGUGAAAUAGUCACGCUCAGUCUGUCAUGUGACUUCUCUGCAUCCUGAUAUUCAGAGUUUAAAUUCUGUGUCUGAUCCGUGUUUCUCUUCUUCAGCAGGUCAGAGAGGGAGAGCAUUUGAAAGCUGCACAGAGGGAUGGUAAAGUCUACCUUUAAAUCUUUGUUUACAUGCAUGAGUGUUUGUGUGGUUGAAAUAACUGAACCGGGUUCCUGCAGGACACAGAGGUCACAUGUUCCGGCUAUAAUCAGCUGAGAGACUGCUGAUUGAAUAAACAUUUCUAAUCACUCACAAACCAAUCACAGCCCUUUUCACGACAAAGGAGGUCCAUUUAAACUUGACCUCUUUUCACUCUGCUACAUAAAUGCUGCUCACACACCACCACUGAUGCUGCUGGCAGAGCUUAGGCUCUACCUUUCUUUAUGGUCUGUGAACCCUCAUUGUGGGGGCAGCAUUGAGCUCAGUGUAAAGCUGCAUCAUGCUGCUUGGCCAACAGGGAGACAGCAGAUCAGAGCCGUCAAUGCCAACCAUAGCUGUAAUUCUUUUGACAUUAAAUGGUUAAAUCUGUGAGAACAGAGUUUAAGAAUAAAACUAAGAAUAGUUUUAUUGAUCCCCGAAGGGAAAUUCAAUAAAAUUUCUGACUGCACCUUCUGGUAAGUGAAGACCAGUUUUAUAGCUAAACCACAUGGGAUUAAUUCAAGUUACAGUAUAUGAGCUUUGAAUUCAUUUGUUUUGAUGAUGCUCCACAUUUAUUAUUUAAAUUAAAAUAAUGUAAAUUAAACUAAACUAAUAUAAUCUCCCUAUGCUCUAGUGAAGAUGGUCAGUGGCUUUGAUUCCAACUUCAUUAUAGAUGUCAUCUCUUAGACCAGAGAUUUUCAACUGGUGGGUCCCGACCCAAAAGUGGGUCAUGGACAUGUUCUGGAUGGGUUGCGAACAGCUGGUCAAAAAAGUAAAUAUUUAAGGUGCGUCUGAUGUUUGACAUGUCUUUUAUUUUGAAAAAUAGCUUAUUUUAAAAGGCACGCAUUAUGCCAUGGUCCUCUUCAGUUUCUUAAUGUGUCCUGCUGAAUGCAGUAAAGUUACAUGUAUUUUAUGGUCUUUAUUUUGUGCGACUUAAUAUUUAUUCACUUAUGUCCAUGCCUCGUUGCAUGGUCCUCCUCAGGUUCUUCUAAAUAUGCUCUGAAUGCAGAGAUCCAAAUAAGUCAAAUUUUUCAUUUUGCUGGUCUCCAUUGUGUGCAAUUUGAUAUUUGAUAUUUGAUAUUUUCUGUAUAUGCAACUUUAGUAGUUGUCACCCUCAGUUCAUGUGCUCUGAUAUGCACUUUACUCAAUAAAAUAGGUGUAUUUAUGUCAAAGAUUUGAAUUUUAAAAGUUUUUUUUUUUUUCAUAAGAAAUAAAUUUGCUUGGUUUGAAUUUUAUAAGAAUUUUAUAAAAGUGGGUCACAACUUAAGGACCAUGGGAAAAUGUUAGAUAUCUUUUGAGGUUUUAAGUCCAAGGUCUGGACUACAGCUGGUUUCUCACGUUACUCUAAAAGUCCUGGUCCUGUUUUAAAUCUGCCGACAGUCCAGACAUACUAAAGGAUCAGAACAUCUGGUUUCGUGUUUGUCAGCAGACCUGGAAAGGCGAGUCAGGGGCGACUCUAUAGUCUGUUGGCGCUCUAGACAAAAAAAAAAAUUCACAGGGGGGCCCUCACAGCUCACACUUGGCCCGGUCACAGUCAGCAGUGCUAGACUCACUAAGCUGCUCUGCUGGCUAAGAUAACUGAGUGUGUUACAGGUCAAAGAACAAACAUCACAGCGUAUUGUUAACAGAAGUUGUUAUUCAAGUGCCUCUCUCCUAUAGGCUGGACUGGCUAAAUGUUAAAUUCACCAUUGAAUUCACUCGUUAUUAUGUUCUGCCCUUACCUUGUCUUACUGUCUUUUUUCACUCCUUUAUACAUAAUUCCUCUUUGUUUCUUUACUGAAUGGCUUUCACUGAGAAACUUCAGCACAGGGUUGAUGACCAUGCAACACUUUAGGUUUUCCUACAGUAAUUGAUAACUUUGCACAUUUCUGAUGGGUUUAAGGUCAUCUUACUGGCCUGCUGCCCUGAGUAAUUUUCUGUCUGGCCUGUUGACAAGCAAGGGGAGAGGGCUCUAAAUCCUGGUGAGUGUGACACCAAAGGCUGUAUAAAAUAUAGACUUAUGUGACAGAGAAUACAGGUAAAGACCGCAGUUGUCAUACUGUAAAUGUUGUCUCAGUUUAUCUUUUGGUCGACCCAGACAGGUGGAGCUAAGGUAGAAACAGCUACAAGACGCUCACCUGUCCGUCAACUCAGCCAUGCCCCUUAUUUAUGUAAAUUUAUCCGUAGCCCCUAACUUAUCUUUUAUCUAGAUGUGUAAUGAAAAUGUAUCCCCCUGCACAGUGUUAACUAUUUAAGAAAUGAGCUACAUGGACCAAACUGUGCUUUCAAGCAGACUGUUUGCUGUUGAGUUUGGUAUUACAACAUUUUUUGCAUUUCUGCUUUUGCUUCAUUUUUCAUCAUUGGACAUUAUUUUUUGGUCCAAGAUAACUUUGAGUUUGAAAUCAUCCAAAAACAACAAAGCAGCUUGAAAGCCAAAAAAACUCCAGUGCAGGACUGGGUCUGAGUUCCCUGUUCUCAAUGUCUUUAACUGGUUCUGUUUUUUACAUUUUGGAUCUUCAGAUCCAAAGAUACUAAAUAUCAGAACAUAAAUGUUUCAUAAAAUGUAAAUCCAGAGCCAGGACAAAAAAAAAGCCGCUUCUUGAUGUAUAGGAAAUUAAAUUGUCUGUAUCGAGCCCUGGCUUGGACCUUAAACUGUUUGGCCUGGCUCUGAACGCUGACUUGGCAUGUUUACUCACCAUGUGUUCAGGUCGGAGUGUUUCUGUUUUCCACAUAAUGAUUGAAAUCCUUCAUUCUGACCUGCUUACAGUUACAGAGUCUGUAUUCUGUUCCAGUCUCAGCACGUCUGCAUCCAGAAAACCACACUGUUUUACUGCUCACCAUCAUUUACACACACACACACACACACACACACACACACACACACACACACACACACACACACACACACACACACACACACACACACACACACACACACACACACACAGAACAGAUUAACGGAUUUAUAAGCUUCAUGCCUUAAAAGCUUCACUGACCUCAGACUGUUUUUUAUGUCGGCAAGAAUCCACACAUAUCAAUGAUGAGUAAUGGAGUGUGUGUGUGAGUUUGUGUGAGUGCGUGCCUCUAAAGCAGCCAGCGUCUCUACAGGAAGCAGUUUUAUAGAUCACACUGAGUGUUUCUGGUUUGGUGUCUCGACUACAUUUCAGCUGAAGAAUGUCGAUUCAAGACAAACUUAUAACAAAUCAUAACCAAGUUCUCAGAGGACGCUUUAUAUAAAAGCAGGUCUAGACUGUAAAACCAAGAAAAGAAGAAAGAAACAUUGAGGAAAACCAAACUCACCAUUGAGCAGUCUUCUACUUUGACUAUAUAGACCAAGGAAAAAGAGAAAGUGGGAUGAACAGAGUAUGGUGGAAAUCUGAAAAUGAAAGAUUCAAUAAUGAUGCUUUGGCCUAAUGGAUUUUAAGAUUUGCUGAGCAGUCAGCUGGCAGAGUGAUCUGACAUUCAGAGUCUGCACAUCUCUUGCAGAAUGAGGAUUCAAUAUUAUACUUGCCUGUCUAGAAUAAAAGAUAUCUUCCUCCUUGAGGAAGAACAGGCUGUUCUCUGACGCCACAGAGGUGAGUUCCCUCCUGUUCAUUCCUGUCUGCAGCUGUGUUUGCAGAUUGAAAUAUUAAAGCCACAAAAGGGCAAUUAUGGGAGAAUUUUCCACUGGAAGCCUAUUGAGUACAAGGUACAUGGCAGUACAAGAAUAUCACAAUAUGCUCAUAUUUGUAUUUUUCCAUUACAAAAGUAAACCACAUCUGUCUGACAAAUGUGAAUGUAAACCUUCAGAUUUAGAAAACAAACAAACAAAAACUGAUAAAUUCAAACUAAAGCAACACAAAAUAAUAUGUUUAACACUGAUCCUGAAACAGAACGAAAAAGCGUCUCACAUUAAUUUUCUUUAAUGCUGUGAUUUAAUAAACACAGUUAAACCGACUCUGUAAUGGUUUGUGUUUGCAGGCCUCUCCUGUUCAGAAGACUUCUUCGACUUGGGUUUCUAUAACGGCUCAGUGUCCCACACGGACUCAGGCUCCCCAUGCCUGAAGUGGACCGACUUCCCAGACUACAUUGAGCAGUACCCGGGCCGAGGUCUGGGGGACCACAGCUUCUGCAGAAACCCAGAUAAAGAGACCAGGCCGUGGUGCUUUUUCAGGCAGAGCUCUGGAGCCAUCAGCUGGGAAUACUGUGACUGCCUGCGGGGUGAGAACCAGAGGGGAGGUAGAAACCAGGGUAUCAGAAAGGGGAGGGGGAAGCUAGUGGUAAAGGGAGGAGGGAGGGUGAAACCUAGUUUUUGAGGUGAGGGGGGUAAGGACUCAAGAAAAUGAUGAUGUACUGUAGGUCUGACAGUGCCUUCCAUACAUCUUGCAAACCUACAGAUCACAGUUGACAGUCUAUAAAACAAAGGAAGAGGACCUGUCAGGGUUCGAUUUCACAGAACGACCCUAUUGCCAUACAUUAUCCUGUCAUUGUCUCAGAAGUAUAGCCUUCUCAAGAUAUUAAUGUGGAUUUUUCAAUUUAGAAACAACAUUAUGAAGAGGUUUAUUUUUGUAGCUUUUAAAAAAUCACUUAAUCUGAGACUUUAUAAUCUGGGGAUACUUCCUAUUAAAUAAAAUUGAGCAGUUUUUCCAAAGUUUUCUCUUGACACGGCUGUGUAAAUCAAAUAGGUCAUAUAGAUGUCUCACAGGUGAUACAGAGACAAGCCUUCGGACAUCACAAGCUUGCAUUUUGUUGUACAAGUUCACAAUAGUGUAUAGUGAGCACAUAUGAAAGUGAGAAAUUCUUCAGAGUGAGCAAGACCCUAAAGAAAUGGGUUGCGACUUACCCCCUAAGGAUUAUUGGUCUUUAUUUCUUUCCUGCCUGCCUUAAUGAUUGCAGUUGGAAGCCUUAACAUGCCUCAAAACUUACCAUUUUUUGUACAUGCUUCAACCCUGGUGAGAAAUGUCAUAUAAUAGUCCUCCUCCCUCCCCUUAAUUUCCAGUUUCCAAACCUUCAACUUACAUACAUGAUGUGUAUGUAUCAGGCCAAGUCCUUCACAUCCUGUUGCAUUAUCUCCAAACCCAACAGGAAGUCGGCCAUUCAGAUUUAAAUUCUGAUGGUCUGAUUGCAUAUUUCAACAAACACAUCGUACAUCUUUUAUCCAAGAAGGUCCACAGUCAGUUUUAGAGACAGUGGGAAGAUUAUAUAAUCACUAUUCACUAUUUUUUAUGAAGUUUUUCCAGUAAAAUCCAGUAUUUAGCCUGACCUUGUGAAAAACUGCUUCAGUGCCAUAAAAACAUCUUGAGUGAGAAUGUAUGUAGAUUAAUUUUCUGAGGUCUUUCUUCUAUCUUUUUCUGCAGGUGAAGCCAGAUUGUUAGGGGGGCCAUCAGACAACAGUGGGCGUCUCGAAGUCUACCUAAAUGGCCAGUGGGGGUCAGUUUGUGACACACACUGGACCAACCGUGAUGCCAGUGUCAUCUGCAGACAGCUUGGACUGGGGUGAGUCUCUGGUUGACAUCAUUAAGUGACUGUAAAAAAUAAUGGAGGUCUUUUUCAGCAAUUACUUUUUUGUCCUUGUUAAAUAUCCAUCUCUUAGUCUUUGUAUUUCUGUUAACCUGUCAUCCAUGCAGUGAGAUUGGUACAGCUCUGCAGCAUUCAUACUUUGGACCAGCUUCCAUCUUUCACUAUGAGCGACUGGGUUGCCGUGGGAAUGAGAAUUCCCUACUGGAGUGCCAGAGUAGGAAAUUUUUCACCAAUGACUGCAACCAUGGGAACGAAGCAGGAGUAAUUUGUGCCGAACCCGAAGGUGGGUCAGAUUAGAAAAAUAAACAUGUUGUUCGUAGCUUAAUAUUACCCUCCAGUCCACAGGUCCAGCUCCACCUGUUGUUUCUAAUUUGUUUCAGAAACUCAAAGUUUCUGAGGUGUAGUUUUACCUGUAAAUUCUGAAGUAGAGUUUGAUCUGGUUUUUGAUGUGUAAAGUUCUACCUUAAGUUUAUGGAAUGUAAUUUAACUGUAUGAUCUUGGAAUUAAUUAAACCUGUAGUUUCUGAUUCGCUGUGUGAUCUUAAGGUUCUCAGGUGAAAUUUGACCUGUAUCCUCUGAGGAUUGUUUAACCUGCAUUUUUCCUGCUCGGAUGUAAAUUUGCCUCCAUUUUCCUUUUUGUAAAUUAGAAAUCAAUGCCCUAUGGAGGCUGUCUCUAAAGUCUUUGUUCUCCAUGGGUUUGUUUCUCAGGUAUAUGUUUAUCCAAUAAAUGCUACUUUGACCUGUUGCCUCUCAGGUGUAGUGUCACCUGUUGCUUCUUAGGUCAAGUUUUACCCUUCGUAGCUUUACAUCUUUUUACUCAGGUGUUUCUUUUCUCAGGUGUGGUGUCACUUGUUGUCUCUCAGGUAUUGAGAUCCCCUUGAGGCUGGUUGGAGGAGUGGAGGAGUUUGAGGGUCGUGUGGAGGUGUAUCAUGAUGGCAGGUGGGGGACGGUCUGUGAUGAUCACUGGGAUGAUUCUGAUGCUGAGGUGGUGUGCAGACAGCUGGGACUCAGGUAACAAACAGCUCUUUAUGGACGAUCCUCUGAAAUGUUUUUCCUGAUCCAAAACUUUUCAGUGCUGGGUGAAGCCACUCCAAGAACAGCACCCUCUGGUGACGGGCUGCAGUAUAGGUCAUAAAUCCCGCCUCCUCCAGCAAUCCUUAUGGAGCUGUGGACAAACUUUAGAAAUUUAUUACACAGAAUAUACAUUUUUCUCCCCCCUGCUUGUGAUGUUGACAUGUAGUUACAGUAAGACUGGUUUGUGCUCAAGUCCUCUUUUUUCUGUGAAGCUCUGUUUUUAAACAUUAUUUGGGGGUUCAUGUUUUCUGCGAUUGACACUUGAUACAGCCUAUGGGCGUACGGAGAUUGCGUAGCUCACCCAGAGGAUACGCCGUUCGAGCGUCAUCAUAGCGACUCUCGGCAUUUGAGCACCAGGCUACUGCGCAAUGUUGGUUUCAGGAAAUGAAGAAAAAUCCCGGAAAUACCGAGAGUUUUUAAGCUUUAAAUCCGUAUACUGGCGAAAGGCGGAACCAAGUUGUCCAUAGUAUAUACAGUCUAAGGAGAAAACAGUAUGAGCAGCAACAUGUGGCAGUAAAUAUGUAAUUUUAGACCUUAUAUAAAUUUAAUUAAGUGUUCCUGACACACAGGGGCGUGGCCAAAGCUUGGUCUUGGGCCCACUUUGGUUCUGGUUCUGGUCCCAUCUGGCUGGAUGGAGUCAAGUGUUCAGGAAAUGAGCUCUCACUCGAUGAGUGUCCUCGAAAUGAGUGGGAGCAGCACACAUGUCAACACCUGGAGGAUGCAGGCGUGUCCUGUAACCCACACACAGGUGAGACAAACACCCACUCUUUAACAAUGAGAAACACUUGAAUCAUUCUUUGUUCAUUUUGACCAAGCAUGGUGACAUGUGUGUGCAGAUGGAGCAGUGCGUCUGGUAGGAGGGGGCAGUCACAUGGAGGGGAGGGUGGAGGUGUAUCAUCAGGGGGAGUGGGGCUCCGUGUGUGACGACAGCUGGACUGAAAUGAAUGCUCAGGUGGUGUGCAGACAGCUGGGCUUCAGGUGAGUAAACAAUACCUACAGCGGUCUAAAUGUGUAUAUGUGCAGAUCAGCAUCAUUUAUUGUUUUACAUCAUGACUGCCUCCAUGUGUGUCUGCAGUGGUCCAGCGGCGGUCUCCUCUGAUGGGGACUAUGAGGAGGGCCGGGGUCUGAUCCUGCUGGAUGAGGUUCAGUGUCAGGGGUCAGAGUCCUCCCUGGUGUCUUGCAGUCACUCAGGGUGGGGUCAACAUGACUGUUCACACAGUGAGGAUGUUGGGGUCCGCUGCUUGAGAGAUGCUGAUGAUAAGCCACAACUGUCGCCCCCUGGUGGUUAGUUUGAACAUGGUGUCUGAGUAGGGCAGACAAAGAGCUCUUUAAACAAUUAGAUUUAAAAUAAAGAGAAAAUAAAUCCGUACAUCAGUGAAAAAAAACAAAAACAAAACAGAGGUAAAAGCUUAAGAUGAUGAAUGCUUAUUUUUAACAUCAGUAACACCUUAUUUCAUGUCUCAGAGCCCUUGCUGCGUCUGGCUGCAGGAGAGAGCAGGAAGGAGGGUCGUGUGGAGGUCUUCAUGAAUGGGCGGUGGGGCUGCGUCUGUGACGAUGGCUGGAACGAUGUGAACGCUGCUGUGGUCUGCAAACAACUGGGCUUCACGUUAGUUCAACCACACUUUCUCAUGAUCUAACCUCAGAAAUACAGACCAAAGAUUCACAAAGCAAACAUUACAAUAAUAACAUAUGAAUGAACAAAUAUAACUUGAUGCAAUGUUUUGUUGUUGCAGACACUGGCUGCUAGAGUGUACAUCAAAAUACAAACUGUAAUUAAAACUGCUGAGAUUAUCCUCACAGGGUAAUCCUCUCUGACUGUUGGUCUGUUGUUUUAAAAAAGGGGACUGCAUGGUGGAUAUUCAUAUUUUGUAGAUAAAUAGGAUGUUUUGUGAAGUACUUUAGCUUUUGAAUGAAUAACAUUAUAAUAUUAACACAAGAAUAAUAAAAUUCUUGUGUGUGUUUGCAGAUAAGUAAUAAUAAUAAUAAUAAUAAUAACUUUAUUUAUAUAGUACUUUUAAAAACAAGAGUUACAAAGUGCUUUAACAUACAGAAAAACAGAGAAGAUAAAAACAACAGAACAACAACAAGAGGACACUUGGGGGAAAUAGCCUUGACACAACUAAAACUCAGACUACAUGUCUUAAUGUCUCAUUACUGGCAAUAAAGAAAUACAAUAGAAUAAAAUUGGUGGAAAGUAUAAAAGCUUUGAUUGGUGUCACAAGAGUUGAGAUGUCAUUGAAACGAAGAUGUUAAAACAAAGACUUUAUAAUAACCCGUGGUACCCAGCCAACACAGGAACCCAAUCACAAAAACCUGAGACCAAGGGGACUCUUAUAAAAUGAAUAAGGAGAGUAAAAGGUUUUAAAGAAGAAGAAAAUACAUGAAAGCAAAUCAAUAAAAAUGAGUUCAAGAUGUGAUUUAAAAGCAGUGACUGUUUCUGCACACCUGCUAAUCUAAUUUACAGAAUGCAGGGAAAAAUUCACCAUUAUAACUUUGACAUUGUAAUCACACAUGUGUAUGACUUUGUGUUCUUUCAGGGGCGUGGCUAAAGCUCGCUCCAUGGCAUACUUUGGAGAGGGAACUGGUCCAGUUCACAUGGAUAAUGUUCGCUGCUCGGGUACAGAGACAUCUCUGAGCCAGUGUGCAUUCAUCGGUGAGGAUGCCCAUGACUGUCGUCACAGUGAAGACGCUGGCGUCAUCUGUGACUACAGCCUGGAGCCUGUUGGGGACAUUGCCAUGGCUACAAACACAUGCGGCUUGAGAAUGAACAACCAGCGACGCAGACGCAGAAUCAUAGGUGGAGACAAAACACUGAGGUCAGUACACACAAAAACAAACGAAAGUAUACUAUUUGAAGAUUUGCACACAUCAGCUCUGUGUGUAAUCUACUAAACAAACACAAUAGUCUAAUUACAGUCCUACAGCCAAACACUCAGAACAGAUGUGAUAUUUUUGGAAAACUUGGAAACAACACAAUCAGUCAACGUGAAGGAAGGCAAGACAAGGAUGGAGCAACAUAUUACUCUUAUAAACUUUAGUAAUACAUGCAAUGACCUCAUAUGUGAUAAUCUACUUAAAAUGAUAUUGAUUUUAUGAUGUAUUCACAUCAUUAGCACUGAGACUAAAACUUUUAAGAAGACAAUGUGUCACAAGACUAUUGUUUGUCAUGGUUUAUUCUAUUAUUGAGAUGUUGCAUAAUAAAACCAUGCUUUUAUUUUGAAGUAUUAGCUACCCCUGAAAACAGUUUAAAGAACUGCUAGAGAGUAUAAAGUCUUUGUCUCUCCUUUUUUAAUGACUUUGACUAAAAGCUUAAAGGACUACUGGGAACUCACAGUAUUACUGUAUGCUUAUUUUUACCAGUAUGUGACAGCCCUAGUAUGUAGUCUGUUUAGAGUUAUCACACCAGAAAGACUCUUUCUGAAUAUCAGCACACUGUGAUUAAUUUGUUUAUUUCCUAAGGAAACCUUCUGAUAAAGAUCUAUAAAGUUUUAUCUGAUCUAUCGAAUCAAAUCUGGUCUAAUUAAGUAAGCAGUGAACCAGUGGUCAAUGCAGGAUUCAGAGGAACCAGUUGAUCAGUCAGAACAAACUCUGUCUGCUGUAGUGGAAAUUAUCUGUUUGUGGACUGUCUGUGGCAAACAAGAGUGGAAAGGGUCAAUGGUGUUGUCCUCCAGGUCAGCACUCAUGGAAUCCUUCACAUUGACUCAGAUUACUCCAUCUGAACUGACUGCUGUAUGAAUGUGUCCAAUAAGUACAGUACAUAUAUAUUUUAGCGCUCCUAAUGUGUGUCUAUGUGUAUUUUUCUGUAUGUUUGUGUGUAUGCAUGUUUGCUUGCAAGUGAAUGUUUGUUUCUUCUGUCCCAAUCUUAUUUGUGUGUGUGUGUGUGUGUGUGUGUGUGUGUGUGUGUGUGUGUGUGUGUGUGUGUGUGUGUGUGUGUGUGUGUUUCUUUAUCUGUCUGCAUGUGUGUUUCAGAGGUGAGUGGCCAUGGCAGGUGUCAGUGUGGCUCAGGUCUCAGUCUAAAGGAAGUCACCCUCUGUGUGGAGCGUCACUCAUCUCCCCCUGCUGGGUGCUGACUGCAGCACACUGCUUCAAGAGGUGAGAUACAGUACCCUCUGGUGGAGAUGCCAUCAGCAUGAGCACUUUAAUAAUUGUGUGUAAGAUUAUAUUUACUUAGUGUUGUGUACUUUAUGGUUAUUCCUUUGGUUGUGUAUUGUAUAUUGAGUUCAUUAUUUGUUGUAUUCCAUGUUGCCUAUAAUGUUUAAAUCCCCCUGAGCUGUAAAACUGUGAAACUGUAUGUCCAACGUAAAUCACACAUGAUGAAACCAUGAGAGUCUCAGCUCACCACUUGAUUUCUUCUUUCCCUAUUCUGAUCCAGGUUUGGCAGAGAUCCAAGCCGCUACAUUUUGCGUCUUGGGGACUACCACACUGAAGAGCAAGAUGACUUUGAACGCACCUUGUCCCCUGAACGCAUCGUCAUCCAUAGGAAGUAUCACAGUCAGGGCUGGGAGUAUGACAUUGCCCUGCUGAGGCUCAAGGGCACCGAGGGAAACUGUGUGGCGUUCAACCCUCACACAGGUGCAGUAUGUCUGCCUGAGGCAGGACACAGGUGGGAGAAGAGACCUACUUCCUGCGUCAUCACUGGCUGGGGCAUCACAGGGAGCUCUCACACCUCCUCCACAGGUAUUUGCCACACCUUUAUACCAUCACAGAAGACUUUCAGACAUCCAUCAUACAUAGCCAUCACAUCUUGAUCAUAGGUACUAAGAACACCUCUUCUUUACUGUCAUAGGUAAUACAGAUAGUAGGGCUGGGACGAUAUGCUUAUCUCCCAAUUCGAUUCUUCUUAGAUUUUUUGGAUGCCGAUUCGAUUUAAAUUGUGAUUCUAAGAUAGUGUCGAUUUUCUCAAUCUUAAGCCUGCAUUUGUGACACCAGUGAAACAGCUGAAUAAUUAUGAUUGUCUACUGACUAUUCAGUACUACUCCAGGAAUCAUAUUUCCCCCAUAAAUACACAUCACAUGUAAUUCAGUUUUUAAGAUUUAUUUGUAAAUUAGGAAAAAAAACAACAAACAAAAAUAAAUAAAAAAAGUUUUUGAACAAAAAAUUCUAUUUGAAAAUUGUAAAGCAAAAAAUCACAAUACUUAUGUGAAUCGAUUUUUUCUCCCACCCCUAACAAACAGUGAGAGGACACAUUGGCUAACAGCUGAUAUAUUACGUUAGUAUUAUGUUGUUAUUUGUGUGCUUGCAUUCGAUAAAAUACACCAGUUUUAAAACAAUAAAAGUCACCAUUUAAAUUCUAACACAUAUGGUGCUCUUAGCAAAGUUCCGUUAAUAUACCUGAUUCACUGUUCUAACUGAUUAAUCAGUAACUAACUGAAUUGUAAAACUCUGAGCAGAAGAGCUGAAUGAGAACAGAGAUGUAUAUAGAAAAAUACUCCAGAGAUCCUGUUCUCAUCAAACUGUAACAAUGAGUUCAAUGUUAAUUUGUCCCACAUGUUGGUUUGAUAGGAAUCCAUUUCCACGAAAGGGUUAAUGUCAGUGGAUCUGGGGAGAGUUUUUCAAACUGUUUGCAGGAAAGUCAACUUGCAUUUUUGAUUUGUAAAAUCAGCUUUAAAUCCAUAUUUAUUCAUGGCUUCAGGCUGUCACACCUUCAUACAAUCACAAAACUAUGACAUCUCCAUUCUAUCACAUGUAAAAAUCAUAUUUUCAUGCCUUCACAUAUGAACAAAAACCUCCUCACUUGACCUGGUAGCACAUUAACAUGUUAGAUAAUUGUCUGUUUUGUGUUUCAGAUUUGGAGUACUCCAGGACUCUGCUGCAGGCCUGGGUUCCUCUGCUCCCAGCCUGGAGAUGUAAGAAGAGAUACGGUGAUCGUUUCACUGGGCGCAUGCUGUGUGCAGGGAGCCUUUCAGAUCGUCACCGUGUGGACAGUUGUCAGGGCGACAGUGGGGGUCCUUUGGUUUGCCAGGGGGAAGGGGGCAGAUGGGUGCUGACUGGAGUGAUCUCAUGGGGUCACGGCUGUGGAAACCCGUCUUUUCCUGGAGUGUAUACACGUGUCAGCAGGUUCUUGAGAUGGAUCGACAAAGUGGUCAACAAACCCUACAAGUCCUGAAGACCAAGAUCAACAGAAAAAAAUCAAACACUGAGAAGGAGGAACUAAGAGCAAGACUGAGGACUGUAAACCUUUCAGUGAUAAACACUUGGAUUAACGCUGAGGUGAUAACUAGUAUUACUGUGUGGAGUCAGAGCUCUAACAGUGCAUGUGUUUGAAGACUGCUGGUCAUUGCUUCUAGGAUGGUCCAUGUGGCCUCUGAGCUCCUAAUAGUAGUAACACAGCUUCAUAAAGCAUAAAAAAGUACACUUUCCUCAUAGGUAACCACAAACACAGAGGGUGACAAUCAUGAUGUUUCUGGGGAACAUGCAGGUGGUAUAAUGAAAAAUGUUUCUAACACUCAUGGCUUUCUGCAGAUUCUGUGUAUAAACUCUAACAAGUGCCUGUUUGUUACAUGUCUUAACCUGUCUACUAAAUGCAUCAUUGCUUUACUCUCUUAGGAAAAUAUUUGCACCUGAUCUGCCAAUACAGAGGCUCUAAAGAUAAUUUCCAUAUUCUAAAACCAGUUUGAGAGAACAAGAAGAAGAAAGUGCUCUGCUGAUCAAUGUUUAUCUGAUAAAAAGACAUUAGUUUUGAUGACAGGUCUGGCUCUAUGGUAGGACUGGGCUGUUUGGGAUCUACUUUUUACUCCAUACAUGGCUGCCAUUUCCUCCGAUGUCAUGAAACAGGUUUUUUUUUAUAGCCUUCCUUUGAUCUGAACUGAAAAAUACUUUUCAUAAUGAAAAUCUGGAUUGAAAAUGGGAUAUAUUUGAAGUAAAAAUAACACAUUUUAAAGACAUAGAUGCCAUUGUUAGACAAAAUGAACAUGAUACCAAGUCUAAUCAUAUAUAACCAAUGACUAUACAUCUACUUAUCCAUUCCUGUUCAAUUGUGUAACAUUGUGAAACAGUAUUUUAGGCUGUAUGGAGUGGUACAGUGCCUAUGUCAACAGUUAACUCAAAAUAGCAAAUGAGUAUUCACACGUCUUCUUACAGGUGCUGACAAGCCAUCAAAUAAGAAGUCUUAGAGGUUUACUGAAUUGUCCUUAUCAACAUAAUUUUCUGUCUAAAACAGUGAUACAUCCUCCCCCUCUUCUCUCCAGUGUGACAACAGAGAAAAUGGCCUGUGUAUGGAGAACGUCUGUCAAUAACAGAGCUUCAUGCAUCCAACAUAUAGGACCUGUUCUGCAGACAAUCACCGACAAAAGCCUGUUCAAACCCUGUUGAGCAUCAAAACAUUCAUCAGUGAGCACUAGCAGACUGGAUCAGACUAACACAAAAAUGACACCUGAGACCCGUGGUCUGUCCCUGACUCUGGAUCCACUGGCAAACUCUGCCCCCAUGGGAAACAUGCAACACCCUGAUGUAGUAAUUCACCAAACUUGUCAUCUAUCACACCGCAGCAAGAACUACAAGCAAACAACUGAAGAUAAAGUGAAGAUAAGUGAAACACUGAGAUCCUGACACAGCGAUUGAGACGGCAGAGCUGGUUUUUCUACAGUACUGACUGUAGACAUUUCAUUUGCUUUCUCUAACAUUCCAAGUGUUUCACUGUGAACCAGCUCAAAUGUAACUCAUUUCCAUGCACUCAUUUCCAAUAUUGAAUAUAUUAACUGUAUUUCUGUCUUCUAACAUUGAACCGUCUUCAGAUCUAACACAGCAUGUGUACUGUCACUAACACUAAGUAAACAGUAUCAGAGCAUUAAUAAGCAACACUGGAAGCUUGUAUUAAAUACUGGGUCAAUAAUCGUUACAGCCUGAAGGCUACAGGGUCUGCAGAAACCAAGAUUUAACCAAGUUAGAAAAAAAACAGAAACUUGGUUUGUGAUCACUAGAUAAAAUGCAUCCUGUUGUGAAGCCACAGCAUCUUAAUAUGUGUACAUUAAAUAAAUGUGUGUGUCUAUUAUCAGCUGAUGUAAUCAGGUCCUCAAGUGAAUCCUGAUCAUCAUCUGAUCCUGGAAACCAGGACCUGUGUCAUAUAUGACAUUAUAAUUUAAGAUUUUGUUGUGAUGAAUGUAUUUGUAUUGAUAUUUGUGAUACUGCACAUGUGUAUACCUGUAGUGUACAGUAUGUAUUUGUGUCUGAAUGUUCUGCAUCACUUAUGCAACAUUUCAUGGUUCAUCUUUUUUAUUUAAGUGGAAAAAAUGUGUAUUUUUAGCAGAUUAUUUUAAAAUGAUCACAUUCCUACAUUUAAACAAACAUUUACUUUAAUUUUUCAUUGUGCAAGAAUAUCAUUUUCAUUGUGUCAUUUACACCAACAUUUAGCACCAGGACGCCAUUACACAGCACUAUUGUGCUAUGACAAAUAAAUCCAUCUAAUAAAUGUCUCCAAUCAUGACAUUGUUCAAA